CAAGCUCAUUCUGCCCCCGGACUCACAGCCUCACACACAUACACGCACACAUCCAAACACACAUAUACACACAUACACACAUACACUGUAACACUAUAACGAGGCAGGCCUGUUACACCUGGGCUCUUCAAUUAGCGCUCCUCCGACGGAUCCCUUGCGUGGACAUUGUUAAUGUUCCAUCAGCCUCCUUGGAUUUUUCUCAUGUGGCUUUUUUUGCGCAUAAAGCCCGGACGCUGCUGAGGUGUGUGUGUCUGUAUGUGUGUGUGUGUGUGUGUGUGAGAGAGAGAGAGAGAGAGAGAGAGAGAGAGAGAGAGAGAGAGAGCAAUUGAGCCAUUUCGGGGAUGAAGAUAAGCGCUCGGUGAAUGGGAAACACCAGCACGGAGGCACCGCUACCUUUCCCCGAUCUUGACAAACACGCUCAUCCUUCCGUUGGCGAGAUUUGCGCACCCGAGACCGGAGCCGGUGUCUGCGCUCUGCGGGGCCGGGCGCGCGUCGUCUGGGAGGAGUAGGGAGGAUGGAGGCGUUUUUCACAGAGGGGGCCCGUGUUUGGGUCAAAGAGAAGGAGCAGCUGGUUCCUGGCACAGUCAACUCCUGUGGAGAUGGAACCCUUAUCAUUACAACCGACUAUGGAGAGGUCUUGUACUUGCAGCAGGCCGAGGUUACCAGGGAGCGGGUCUACGCGAUGCACCAGUCCAGCAUCGAUGGGGUGGAGGACAUGUCGGCACUGGCUGAGCUGCAUGAGGCCGCCAUCAUGCACAACCUGUACCAGCGCUACCAGAAGGAUAACAUCUAUACUAAUAUCGGCAGCAUCCUGGCAGCCGUCAACCCCUACAAGCAGAUCCCAGGUCUGUAUGACACAGAGAGGGUGGAUCUGUACUCCAAGCACCAUCUAGGGGAGCUCCCUCCGCACAUCUUUGCCGUGGCCAAUGAAUGCUACCGCUGCAUCUGGAAACGCCACGACAGCCAAUGUGUCCUCAUCAGUGGUGAAUCAGGGGCAGGAAAGACGGAGAGCACUAAAUUGUUGCUUCAGUUCUUGUCCAUGAUGAGCCAGAAAUCAGCCGGGACUCCUCCAUCAGAGAAAAGUACACGAGUGGAGCAGGCCAUCGUACAGAGCAGUCCGAUCAUGGAAGCGUUUGGUAAUGCUAAAACUGUUUACAACAACAACUCCAGUCGCUUUGGGAAAUUCAUCCAACUUCAUUUCUCUGAGGGCGGCAACAUCCAGGGAGGCUGCGUCAUUGACUAUUUACUGGAAAAGAACCGAGUGGUGCGACAAAAUCCUGGAGAACGAAACUACCACAUCUUCUACGCUCUGCUGGCGGGAACUAACAAGGAGAAUAAAAGCCUCUACUUCCUGGAGGACUCGCCUGAAGCUUUCCACUACCUCAGCCAAUCAGGAUGUCUGAAAGACAAGAGCCUGAAUGACAAAGAACUGUUCAACAGUGUUAUGGAGGCACUGAAGGUGUUAGAGUUCACAGAGGAGGAGAUCAGAGACAUGUUUAAGCUGCUGUCAGGAGUCUUACAGCUGGGAAACAUUGAGUUCAUGACUGCAGGAGGAGCCCAGAUCACCACCAAGCAAGUGGUCACUAAUGCCAGUGAACUGUUGGGCCUGGAUGCCUUCCAACUGUCUGAAGUCCUGACUCAGCGCUCCAUAAUCCUCAGAGGAGAGGAAAUCUGCUCCCCACUCACUAUAGAGCAGGCCGUGGAUUCCCGGGACUCUGUUGCCAUGGCGUUAUAUUCCCAGUGUUUCUCCUGGAUCAUCCUCAAGAUCAAUCAGAAGAUCAAAGGGAAGGAAAAUUUUAAAUCCAUCGGCAUCCUUGACAUCUUUGGCUUUGAGAACUUUGAGGUAAAUCGUUUCGAGCAGUUUAAUAUCAACUAUGCCAACGAGAAACUUCAGGAGUACUUCAACAAGCAUAUCUUUUCCCUGGAGCAGCUCGAGUACAACAGGGAAGGUGUCCAGUGGGACGCCAUAGACUGGAUGGACAAUGCCGAGUGUCUUGACCUUAUAGAGAAGAAACUGGGCUUGUUGGCACUAGUGAAUGAAGAGAGUCGGUUCCCCAAAGGAACUGACUUCACACUGCUGGAAAAGUUGCACAGCAGACACUCUACAAACCCUUACUAUGUAAAGCCAAGACUUGCUGACCAUCAGUUUGGCAUCAAACAUUAUGCCGGGGAGGUCCUGUAUGAUGUUAGGGGGAUCCUGGAGAAGAACAGAGAUACCUUCAGAGACGACAUCCUAAACAUGCUCAAGGACAGCAGACUGGACUUCAUCUAUGACUUGUUUGAGAAAGUUGGCAGCAGGAACAAUGAGGAGAAGAUGGGCACAGCCAGACGCAAACCUACCGUGAGCUCCCAGUUCAGGGACUCCCUCCAUGCUCUCAUGGCCACUCUGAGUGUAUCCAACCCUUUCUUUAUUCGCUGUAUUAAGCCCAACAUGCAAAAGAAUCCAAGUGUGUUUGACCCAGAGGUCGUCCUGAACCAGCUGAGGUAUUCUGGGAUGUUGGAGACUGUGAAGAUUCGUCGGGCCGGGUUCCCUGUCCGCAGAACCUUCAAAGAUUUCUUCUCUCGGUAUAAGAUCAUUCUGAAAGAGAAAGGGCCAGCAGCAGCAGCAGCAGAUGAUAAGAAGAGAAGUACAGACUUUCUAAUGAAAUAUGACAAGACCAAGAAAGAGUGGCAGCUGGGCAAGACCAAGGUGUUUUUGAAAGAGGCUCUGGAGCAGCGUUUAGAGAAGGACAGGGAUGAAGUCCGACGCCAAGCUGCCAUGAUAAUUCGAGCCCACCUACUCACUUUCUCUGCCAAGAAGCACUUCCAGCGCAUACGAGCCAGUGUCAUCACCCUCCAGAAACACUUCAGAAAGCACAUCCAACGCAGGCGGUUCGUGAAGCAACGUAAGGCUACGCUGGUGCUGCAGAGACACAGGCGAGGUCAGGUCGCCCGUGCUCGAGUUCGAAAACUCAGAGAAGAGAAGAAGAAAAAGGAGGAAGAACAAAAGAAGAAAGAGGAAGAUGAGAAGAAGCCGACGGCCGAAGGGGAGCAGGAGGAAGUGAAUGAAGGAGCAGAGAAAAAACCUAAAUCGUCAGAGGAAACGGCUUCUUCUUCUGUGCGUUUCUUAUUACAGUUAAAUAAAAGCAUUGUCCUCCCUUUGAUUUACAGAAUAAAGCAAAUUAGAUUUAGUUUAUUUGAUGCUGACAUGUCCCUUUUCUCCUCUCUUCCCCUUCAGGAUGAGGCCCGGCAGAUGGAAGAGAUCCUGCAGUUGGAGCGUGAGAUUGAGCGCUUGCAGAAGAAGAGAGAGGACGAGGUGUCCCAGCUGUGUGAGUCCUCCAAACAGGAGCUGCAGCUGCGACGGGAUGCCGAGCUCAAGCGUAUGAAGAAAGAGGCGUCCCGCAAGGCCACAGAGCUCAUCGACCUCCUCAACUUCGGAGGCGUGGAUCCGUCACUGGGAGCAGAAGCAGCCAAGCCUGCUCCAGAGGUGAAAGCUCCGAAACCUGUGAGUGCCACCAGGGGUGCGUCUAAAGAAGAGGAGGUAGACGAAGGGUUUCAUGCGGAGGAGGAGUGCAUCCCUCUCCCUGACUUCCCUCCUCCUGCUGAGACAGAUGCUCCUUUGGAUCAGGAGAUAUUUGCUCACCUCCCUCCUCCCCCGCCUGCAUUUGCAGAGGGGACAGUGCCUCCUGCACCACCUCCUCUAGCCACAGAUGGUGUUCCUGGAAUUCCUCAUCCUCCUCCUCUACCUCCACCUGGAGAUGGCUCCACUGCCCCCCCACCUCCUCCUCCACCACCCCCAGGAGAAGGGGAGCAGAAAGAAGGAGCAAAGGCGGAACCGGAAAGGAAGGUGAGCAUGGUGGAGAGCCUGGUGGACGGGGAGGAGCCGAUCUAUAGCAUGCCGGCCGAUACCGAGUCGGAUUACGACCAGGAGGAGGAGGAGGGGUCUGUCAAUGCCGGAGAUGACAGCUCUGUAUCGGGGAGCAACCGCGGGAGUGCCGCUGUGGCGGAUGAUGAGCAUCCGAGAAAGUCAACCUGCACCAACGCCAGCAUCGAGUCCUACAGAGGCAGCUCUGACUCUUAUGCAGACAGUGACGAUGAACAUGACGGCAUGAUGGACACUGAUGAAGAAGUGACUAAUGGGAGAGUGACAUUGCUUAAUGGAAAUGGACCGCCAUAUUUCCACGGCUACCUCUACAUGAAGGCUGGUCUGAUGAUCCCGUGGAGGAGGCGCUGGUGUGUGUUGAAGGAUGAAACCUUCAUGUGGUUCCGGUCCAAACAAGAGUCUCUCAAGUCUGGCUGGCUCUACAAGAAGGGAGGAGGCCUCUCUACUCUCUCACGGAGGAACUGGAAGAUGCGCUGGUUCGUACUGAGGGACAGCAAGCUGAUGUACUACGACAACGACAGUGAGGAGAAGCUGAAGGGAACCAUUGACAUCCGAGCUGCCAAGGAGAUUGUGGAUAAUCAUGAAAAGGAGAACGCUCUGAACAUUGUGACGGAUGAGAGGACCUAUCAAGUGUUUGCUGAGUCACCAGAGGAUGCAAGUGGAUGGUUUAAUGUGCUCAGUAAGGUACGCGUGUGCACUCCUGAGCAGCUGCUGGAGAUGUCACACGAACAGGCCAACCCAAAGAACGCUGUGGGAACUCUUGACGUGGGGCUGAUCGACUCUGUUUGUGCUUCAGACAACCCUGAUCGGCCCAACUCCUUUGUCAUCAUUACGGCCAACCGUGUGAUCCACUGUAACAGUGACACACCGGAGGAGAUGCAUCACUGGAUCAGUCUGCUACAGAAACCCAAAGGAGACGCCAGGAUAGACGGGCAGGAGUUCCUUGUUAGAGGCUGGCUCCAAAAGGAGAUGAAGACGAAUGCUAAGAGCACCUCCCUGAAGUUGAAGAAGCGCUGGUUUGUUUUGACCCACAACUCCCUGGAUUACUACAAGAGCUCGGAGCGAAAUUCCUCCAAGAUGGGAACUCUGGUCCUCAACUCCCUCUGCUCCAUCAUUCAGCCGGAUGAACGAGUGCACAGGGAGACAGGUUACUGGAACAUCACCGUGUACGGGAGGAAGCAUUCCUACCGCCUCUAUACCAAGAUGCUGAACGAGGCCAUGAGGUGGACAGCUGCCAUACAGGGAGUCAUAGACAGCAAGACACCCAUAGAAACUCCAACUCUGCAGCUCAUCAGAGACAUCAAGGAGAACAGUGUAAACCCAGACAUCGUGGAGCAAAUGUACAGGAGGAACCCCAUCCUCAGAUACACUCAGCAUCCUCUGCACUCCCCUCUAUUGCCGCUCCCUUAUGGAGAGGUCACCAGCCUACAAAGGCAGCAGGGCUAUGCCAGUCUGCAGGAUGAGGCUGUGCGAGUCUUCAACUCACUGCAGGAGAUGGAGACCCUGGCAGACACGGUGCCCAUCAUCCAGGGCAUCCUGCAGACCUGCCAGGACCUGCGCCCUCUCAGGGAUGAGGUAUACUCUCAGGUGAUCAAGCAGACCAAUCAUGUGCCUCAGCCUAACAGCCCAGCUAAUCGAGCACACUGGCAUCUGCUCACCUGCAUGAGCUGCACCUUCCUACCCAGUCGAGCCAUCCUCAGAUACCUCCGCUUCCACCUCAAGAGGGUACGUGAGCGCUUUCCCGGCACAGAUAUCGAGCGCUACGCCAGUUUCAUUGGGGAAUCCCUAAAGAAGACCAAGACUCGUGAGUUCGUUCCCUCUCAGGAGGAGAUCGCCGCCCUGCUGGUGAGGCAGGAGAUGAGCACCACCGUCUACUGCCAUGGGGGAGGCUCCUGCAAGAUCUCCAUCAAUUCGCACACCACAGCCGGAGAGGUUGUGGAGAAGUUGAUCAGAGGUUUGGCCAUGGAGGAGAGCAAGAACCUGUUUUCUCUGUUCGAACACAACGCCUUCACAGACCGAGCUCUGGAGAGCAGGGUGAUUGUGGCAGAUGUUCUGGCCAAGUUUGAAAGACUGGCAGGAAGCGAAGAAGAGGAGGAGGAAGGUGAAUGGAAACUCUACUUCAAGCUCUACUGCUUCUUGGAUGUGGAGAGCAUGCCAAAAGAAGGAGUAGAGUUUGCUUUCAUGUUUGAGCAGGCCCACGAGUCUCUGAUAAGUGGUCACUUCCCGGCCUCAGAGGAGACUUUGCAGCACCUGGCCGCUUUACGUCUCCAGUAUCUCCACGGUGACGGGGCGGGUCGUGCCGGGUGGAGCUUGGGAACCGUUUAUCCAAUUGGACGUCUCCGCAAUCGCAUCCUUCACUCCACCAAACCGGGCGUAGGGGCGGCAGGUGGAGCCGGAGGAGCAGGAGGGGGAGGACCAGGAGAUGGGAAGGGCACGGUGGGAGGACCGGGAGGUAUCCCGGUCCCGGCAGAGAAGCGAAAGACGCCGAGCUUCCUGGAUGGCACCUUGAGGAGAAGCUUCAAGACUGGUUCGCUGAAGAAGCAGAAGGUGGAGGAAGAGCAGAUGCUGGAGAUGUGGGUGAAGGAGGAAACGUCUGCUACACGGACCAGCGUUCUGGAGAAGUGGACCCGGCUACAGGGCAUGCCUCAGCAUCAGGCCAUGCUUAAAUACAUGAGCAUUGUCAAGGAGUGGCCUGGAUACGGAUCCACUCUGUUUGAUGUCGAGUGUAAAGAGGGUGGUUUCCCUCAUGAUCUGUGGCUGAGUGUGAGCGCUGACAACGUGUCAGUGUAUAAACGAGGUGAACCUAAGCCCCUGGAGACCUUCCAGUACGAACACAUCACCUUCUUUGGGGCUUCACAGCCCUGCACCUACAAGAUCAUCGUGGAUGAGAGGGAGAUGUUCUUUGAGACACCACUGGUUGGGGAGAUCACCAAGAUCAUGAGGGCCUACAUUAACAUGAUGGUGAAGAAACGCUGCAGCAUCAUGUCAGUGACCAGCAUCACCAGUUCCUGGGCCAGGUGAUCGCCACCAACUAGUCAGAGCCCUCAGUUCAUCCAGUGGCAACAAAUGUCUCAGCCCCCCCACGCCCCCUGCAUUGGAUGGUCGGUUUUGAUGGAGGCAGUCGCACCAAACAACUAAUCCUCAAGAAUCAAAGGGUGGUGGAUGAGCGUCUAUGAUGGAACGGGGAAAAGCAAGAAGUGGAUACAGAGGCCAAACGCACACUCUGCUGGCCUGGGUUUCACUUGGGAUAAAGGGGAUCUAUUUAGAAAUGAGCAUGACAAAGAAAAACAAACCUGUAUUUUGGGAUUGUCCUUUCAAAUACAUAACCCUCCAGCAGUUGCAGUCCUGCAUGUAGAUGUUCAAGCACACUCCAAACUUCUCUCCGCUUUCCUUUCCGGACAAAACUCAGUAAUAACAAGCACAACUCAGCCGCCCAGCCCCAGCCUGUCCCAGGUGGCUCCCUCUCCCUGCCCCCCCUCAGUGCACUGCCAGACAGAAGAAAAGCCACACUUUCUCAGUUAAAUCUGUUUCUUUCUCUCUCCUCCAGUUUCAGAGUCUCUCUCUUUCUCUUCUCGUGUCCUCACUCCUGUUGCAUCUUUGUUUGGUAUUAAGUUAUAAUGCUGAAUUCUUGUUCUUGCUUGCUUUCUCUCUGUUGUUUUUUCGCUGUCGUUUAUCUGUAACAUCAGCUGUUAUUACAUCUGUCUGUGACUGAGAAAAAGGACUCAAUGAUUCUUCUUCGGGGCUACCAAAGGGGAAAAAGAUUUCCCUGCUCGACAUAGUGUUCACUUGCUCACUCGUCAGUGCCACCGUGUGGCCACAAGAAGAAAACACAGCCAAUGGAAGUGGCUUAAAAUAUUUCUGAACAAUAUCAAAUAGAUAUUCUUGAGAAGAAAGAGUGGAGGCUCUGUGGUCACGUUUAGCUUGACAUGAAGAGUCUGUGCAUGGCCUCAAUUGGCUCUACAAGGAAAAAAGUAUCAACCCGAAUAGUAUGAGACAAAACAUUUCCCUAUCUAUGUCUACAUAUAACACACACUGCGUAUAUCUAUUGUAUAUUCACAUACACAUAAACUGAACCAACAUGUAUUGUUUUGUACUGUAUAUCACACAUUAUAAGAGUUAUAAUUGAAUUUUCGGUGGACACUGCACUGUACAGUAUAUAGAUGCCAUACUAAAUGCAAUGUGACACCUCUCGUGUAAAAUACAUGCAAGUGAAUGGUGUUAAUAAUGACCACUGUAUGUCUGAAUAUGAUGCCAAUACUGUACAUCGUUCACUGGAUGUGCCAUUAAUGUGACUCACAGAGAAAUAAGAGUUAAUCGUAAAAACACAGACCAUAAUGAAGCUGGUGGACGGUGGUCAUGUUUUCACAGUGUUCUGGUGAAUUUAUCAUUGUUGUUAUCUGUGGGACUCACUCUGCAGCAUCAAUUGGAGCCAUACAAUACUGUAUAUCCUUGUCUGCUCAUGCUAUUCUCACUUUUUUAUUUACUAAGAUCAGUGACUUAUACAAUAAUGCAUAAGAGCUCCAGUUUGUCUGUGUUUCCAAAUCUGUUUAUGAACAUGUGACUUUUAUUACUGAUACUACUAUUAUUACUGUAUGCCCCCAGCUAUCUUAACCACCCUGAAGUGCUGUGUCUGGAAAGCUGCUGUAUGUAUGUAUGUAUGUAUGUAGUGUGUGUGUGUGUGUGUGUGUGUGUGUGUGUGUGUGUGUGUGUGUGUGUGUGUGUGCGUGCGUGUAUUUAUGGUGUAAUCCAAAAAGUUGGAAAAGAAAAGGGAAAUAAGAAAUGAGAAAAGAGAAGUGAUUUUACUGAGUGUAUUCCUUUGAAAUAAGAUGUAUUUAAACGACUAACCUUUGCAAAGAAUGGUGUUGUGAUCGUGAGUUAAAGGGAAAAGCAUGGGAUUUGAAGGGAGGGUUGUGGGUUAUUUAUUUCUUAUUGAACUGUAUGUAUUGCAAGGCGUGUUUGGGAGGAUAGUGUAUUAAAAAUAUAAUGGAAUUUUUCACUCUCGGUGCAAGAGGAGAAGAUAAGACACUGUGAGGAUAUGGGCUCAGAGAUGGUUUAAUUGUGCACUGGGAAUGCUGACAGUCAUCAACACUGCUUUGUGUGUGUGUGUGUGUGUGCGUGUGUUUAUGGACUGAAAGUGAAAUCACAUUAUGUCAACAUCACCCGACUAUGUGGCACUCCAGGAAGGAGGCAGUAUAACACCUCUAGAGGACAAAAACAGUUUCUAAGCAAAGUGUUUCCCCACAUCCAAUAUCCAGCGGGAAUACUUAGAUAACCCGGAAAAAUACUGUCUAAUCUGAAAACAUGGGCCAAUUACUUUCAUUUGGUUAAGCAAAAGUUUCUAAACUAGUUCCUAUGUCAAUAAUAAUUUCUAUAUUAUGCCCCAUUGCUGCUAUUCAGGCCAGAUAUUUAAGUGAGGUUGAACUUCUUAAGGUUGUCUAUCUGGAGUGCCACAUACAGGGCCAAAGCCAGGAUUUUAGAAAUACUGAGGUCAUGAGUCCAAAUGAGUCAAUGACACCAAAAAUUAUAUUAUAAAUUGUAUUUUAUUCUUCUUAUUUCUGUUCAGUUAUAACAUUUUAUUUUCCAACAUGGUCUAAAUGAUCUUAACCUCCCCCCUACACUAUCAGGAACCACAUUUUGGUGAGGAAAUGGCAAUUUAUUUAUUUAGCCUGCAAGAAUUUAAAUGUAUAUUUAUUCUAACAAAUACUGGAAAUAAGCUAAAAGUAUUCACCAAAUAUGUGUUUCACUUUACCACCUUUGCUAAAAUGCCCAAAAUUCCUAAAAAAAAUAUACCAAGGACAUGACCUCGGUGUCUUUAAUGGUGGCUAAGGCCCUGGCUGCAUACACACAGCCCACUGGGAUCCUGCCUAUAAAGUUAGAAUAAACAGAACUCACUCACAGGUUCCAGUCUGAACUUUGGGUUAUUUUAGUUUUGGCUAAAAUGAGAGGAGAACCAGAGAGAGUAACCCAUAAGCCAUAAGUAACGAGGAACCUGGAGCUGUCUGUUCUAGUUAUUCUAUGUCUUUGGUUCUGUCUGUCACUGAUAUUACACUGAGUUGGAGGAAGUUGCCCCAUAGUUGCUGAAAUGCAAUCAGUGUGUUUGCUGAAUAGAACAACAAAUUAAAGUUAGAUUUUGCAGUAUCUGAUCGCAAAUCUGUUUCCAAGGGCAACUUCAUCACAAAGGGUCCUGUUAUCAGCCGCAGGCGGCCAGAGUGGGGCCCAUUCUUAUCUUAUGUUAUGCUUAUUAUCAUCAUUACAUAGUGAAACAUAUUGUGCUUGUUAAAAAAAGAGAAAGAGAGAGAUAUGUGUGUUGUUCUUUUUUAUUUGUAACUGGCUUUACAAAAUUAUGCUUUAAUAAAUUAUUGGAAUUAUUGUCCAUUA